AUGGCGAAACCUUUUUAUCUACUAUUGUAUGUUGGGCUAUCUGCCGGCAUAGAUGUCCUCGUCUGCACCUUCGAAUCAUGCUACGCAACUCAACCCGACCUUCCACGACCGACUACAGUUACCGGGUCUGAUGGACAGCCAUCGUUUCUCAUACCUUUUGUAUGGCCUGACUUGGCCGAUCUUACCUCUACUACUACGGUCACUACCAGCAUUACCGAGACCGAUGAUACGGGUGCACUUAUCACACCUAGCGUACCUAUUAUUGUUCAGCCGCAAGGUUACUGGUGGAGACACGAGCUGCUUGGACCGCCGGUGACUCCUCCGGGACCUCAGCCUACCGGUGCCCAGCCGGCUCAACCUCCACCAAAUCCAUCUUCAGCUGGUGCGCCAGUAAACACUGGCGCACCUGUCUCCGGCGUGCCUGCUGAUCAACCAAUUGUUUCUACCUCCACUUCCACCGACUCUACUGGUGGCCUUGUACUGAUCCCCAUCACUCUGUCGGGCGCAGAGCCAUUGCCCGCCUCAAGUGACGUACCUUCACCACGUCCGGAAAAUAGUGACACGGUACAACCUCCAGACGGCACCGAAACACCUUUGCCGCCUUCUCCCGAUAGCAGUGACGCAGGCACGCCUGUUCCAUCUUCAACAAAUGCACCCCCACCCACAGGUUCGCCUACUCCUCCUGCUUCUUCUCUUGUCACGCCCAUUGUUUCAACGUCCACUUCGACAGACUCUGCCGGGGUUCUUGUGCCGGUACCAAUCACUCUUUCACCGCCUGGUCCAAACCCCGGCCCUGGUCCCCAGAAUCCAGAUAAUCCAGACAGUCCAGAUAGUCCAGAAGGUCCAGAAGGUCCAGAAAGUCCAGACAGUCCAGACAGUCCAGAUAAUCCAGAUAAUCCAGAUAACCCAGAUAAUCCGGAAACGGAAAACCCUGAUGGAGAAGGGGACCCCGUUCCCACACCUACGCCGCGCCCUCCACCUCCAUUCGGUCCAGAUACCGACAUCUGCGAGACCUCCCAAGCGGCCGACGUAUGCACCGCCUUCUGUAUAGCCAGCACGGUCGAAUCGCAGACCACGCUGACAACCACCUGCACUACGACCGUGUGUGGGACAUACCAUGCGUGCGUAGCGACACCAGCGACUACUAGCACAAUCAGGACGAAGGGCGCUCAGUCUGUAUGCCUGCUUCCGGCCAACCCGCCUCAGGUUCUCCUUCAUCCAGAUGAGGACAUUCAGGAACUAGUCGACGCUGGCGAAGAUAUUGAGUCCAUGAUCCAGAUAUACAACCCGAGUACCCCAGCUACGACAGAUGCCUCAGCUACGCCUAAUCCAUCUGCGGUGCCUUCGACGUUCUCCACACUGACCGGCGCUCCUCCCACGACCGAAAACCAGCCACCUGCCCCUACGCCGGAGCCCACGGAAACACCUCAGCCUCCGCCUAAACCUUCUCCGUCCCCGGAACCACAGCCUCCACCCCCAAUCACGAACAAGUGGCGCAUCAAAGUCCACCAGCAAAUGGAGUUCGAAUUCUCUCAAGUCCAAUGGUCCCUCAUCGACUCCAACGGCAACGAGCGCGGCUCCGGCCAGGGCUCGCCCAUCAACGGCGACGAGCUCCCCUACCAAGUCCUCGUCGAAGUGCGGGACCCAACCAACAAAGACAAGACCGUCAUCGUUUUCAUCUACGAUCGCAAAGUCGACGGCGGCGUUAAUGGCUGCAGGCCUAAUUGGAGUACAGUCGACGAUGAGGAUGGGGUGCUUGGAGCUUGCCCCGGUGAUAAUGGUUGUGAUAUGGACAGUGUUGAGUGGAAGGGAUGGAAUGCUGGGUUUGAGAGGUUCUUCGAGUGCCAUUUUGAGGCGGUGACGGGAGAUUUUGGCAUAGUGAAUCCGCGGGGCAGUCUUACUGGCGAAUAG